CGCGGCCUGUGGCGGCGGGGCCCCGUGAGGGAGCUGAGGCAGCGGGGAGGGCCUGGCCGCCUCCCUGCCCUGCCGCGGCCCGCCGUGAGCUCUGCCGGGCUGCCGCCCUGCCGCGUGGCCUCGGCCCCUUCGGGUCUUGCCCUGGCUGCCGGGGGACAGGCGGGCGCCGGCGGCUGUUCCGUCAGUGCCCGGCCGAGAGCUGCCCUGGUCAUGAGGUGACCGGGAACAUCUGGUUUCCAACCUCGCCCGGACGCGUUCCUGAGCCCCACCCUGAGCGAGGGGAACCCGCUUUAGCGCUUGUUUGGGCCCUUCCAGCCCCCACCACUCGAGGGUUCUUUGAGCAGUGGCUCAAGGCGGGCGAGUCGCUUCCGUGCUUGCUUCGGGGGAGUUGCAUUGUGGAGGUGGGAAGACGCGGCCGUGGCUUCUCUGAAGGUUGCCGCUUGUUUCCUCCGUUUGAGGUACAACCGUUCUGUCAGAUGAGCAACAACAGUAAUAAGAGAGCACCAACCACAGCAACACAGAGGCUUAAACAAGACUACCUGCGCAUUAAGAAAGACCCAGUGCCUUACAUCUGUGCAGAGCCCCUUCCAUCCAACAUCCUGGAAUGGCACUAUGUUGUACGGGGACCUGAAAUGACUCCUUAUGAAGGUGGCUAUUAUCAUGGGAAACUAAUAUUCCCCAGAGAAUUUCCUUUUAAACCUCCUAGUAUUUAUAUGAUUACACCUAAUGGAAGGUUCAAGUGCAACACAAGGUUGUGUCUUUCCAUCACUGAUUUCCACCCAGACACGUGGAAUCCAGCUUGGUCAGUCUCCACCAUCUUGACAGGCCUUCUGAGCUUCAUGGUGGAGAAGGGCCCCACCCUGGGCAGCAUCGAGACCUCCGAGUUCACCAAACGACAGCUUGCUGCACAGAGCUUAGUGUUCAAUUUAAAGGACAAAGUCUUCUGUGAGCUCUUCCCUGAGGUGGUGGAGGAAAUCAAACAGAAACAGAAAGCACAAGAAGAGCUGAGCAACAGACCUCCAUCCCUCCCUUUACCAGACGUGGUCCCUGACGGGGAAGCUCACUACGGCCAGAACGGGCUGGCGCUGCUCAACGGCCACGUGCCGCUGGCGCCCGCCAACCACGCGGGGCUGCAGCAGCCCAACCGCAACCACGGACUCCUGGGCGGAGCUUUGGCGAACUUGUUUGUCAUCGUUGGCUUUGCAGCCUUUGCCUACACAGUCAAGUAUGUCCUGAGAAGCAUAGCUCAAGAAUGAACACAAAGCAAUCCCAAGACCAAACGUAGUGGUAGUUGCAGAGUAAGUGGGACUCCGUAGGCGUCUUUUUGGCUCUUUGACACUGGGAUGUUGAUGUUUGUUGAGUCGCAGGGUGGUUGGCUCCUGGGUUGUGUUUGGGAAGUUGAAGUAGUUCUGGUUAGUCAGGAAACUGAAGUCCUUGCUGCUGCCUGGUAGGGCAAAGAAGUCAAAGCAUUGCUGAUGAGACGCUGACAUUCGUAGUGCUUUGAUUUUUGUAGCAGUUCUCCAUCUGGGAGCUGAAGGUUGGGAAUCUCAAGCAAACGAGGCUUUUCACUUCAUGGGACAGUUCCUACAGUGUCACGGUUUCUGCAUAUCCUGUUCUCAUUAGAGAAGAGUCUGUACAAGGUGUUGAAGUGAUUCAAGUAGAGAUUCCACGUGGACCUGCUGAGAGUUGGCUUGAUGUGAACAUUGAAGAUCCCUGGCUGCUUCUUAGAAGGCACAUCCUUGCAUAUCUAGUCAGUAGUGAUUAGAUGGGUGGGAACAUAACACCACGUGUGCUAAACGUGUCAUCCCAAUUGUCACAGAGUCAUUGAAGGUCUUAUUUGGGCUACCAGAAGUGCAGCUGUCAGCCUUUAGGAUUGAUCAGCAAACCCCCCUCCCUGCAUUUGAAUCAGCCUUUGUGGGGGGGGGAUACUCACAUCCAGUGUCAUGUUGGAGUUGUUCACUUGCAGAUUUCCAUUGGGGAGGUGUUGUGUUUGAGAGCUGUAAUACUUCAUUUUGAUCACAAGGUGCCACUGUUGAAAAAAAAGAGAUAAUAAAACUGCAGACACCAA